AACAGCUGUUCCGCCGCCAAAAACGCCAAUCUACCAACGCUACACGACGGCCCUCCAAAAUGACCCCCGAUGUUCACAAGAGGUAGCGCUGGGCAGACGCAUCGGCCUGUACCGGUUCUGCGGCGAUAUAGGACGAGGCAACUUCUCGCGUGUCAAGCUCGCUGUUCAUCAAUUAACCAAAGAUAAGGUUGCUAUCAAGGUAGUGGACACCAGCCGUUUAGAUGCUAAGGCACUCCGCAUGCUGUCGCGCGAGGUCAGCACACUGGAGUGUGUUUAUCACCCUUUUAUCCUAAGACUGUUCGAAGUGAUAGAAACAUUGGGAAAGAUCCAUCUCAUCAGCGAAUGGGUACAAGGCGGCGAACUGUACAAUCGCAUCACGGAGGUUGGCCCGCUGAAGGAACCUCACGCUGCACUGCUUUUCCAACAAUUGCUACUGGCUGUGAAGCAUCUGCAUAGUUUAGGUUUUGUGCAUCGUGAUAUUAAGGCGGAAAAUGUGCUGCUCGUUAGCGAGGAACGCAUCAAGCUGGCCGAUUUUGGGUUUAGUACGCAACUGGUCAAUGGUCCCUGGCAACAUUUGGACACGUUCUGCGGUUCACCACCGUACGCCGCUCCGGAGCUGUUCAGUGACGAUCACUACAUUGGCGGACCGGUCGAUGUCUGGGCUCUCGGCAUUCUACUCUACUUCAUGCUGGAGGGCUACAUGCCCUUUAAGGCCCCCACUGUUCCCCUGCUCCGGACAGCUGUGCUGAAAGGCGAGUUUGUCAUCUCCACCAGUUUGAGUACGCCAUGCUGUCGAGUUAUCCAACGCAUCCUAGUGCAUACACCCUCCCGGCGACCCACCAUCGAGCAACUGCUGGACUGCCAAUGGUUCAAGUACGCGCAGCAUCAUGCCAACCGCCUGGGACGGGGGAUUCAUCACCAAACCACCGUCAGCCAAAUUCGAAACUCCAACCAUGUUCCUACGCGAAGGCGGAAGAAGUUGUUCUGGUUUCUCCCCGCACCACGCGGUCGCCUUUCCUCGCCCGAGUCGAACUCGUCUAGUCGUGAUAACAACAUUAGCGCUGCCAACCACAAUCAACGUCAUUUUACGCGCCAGCACCAGCCGAUGUCGUCCUCAACGAAAUCAUCGUCCUCCAGGGAUGAGCGCCUCGCCCAUGCACCGGAAAUUCCCAACCUGCGCACGAUCGCCUGCAGCACCAAACGCGCCGGUAGUGUGUUGGAGGAAGGCUUUCUGCACCCGCUCAAGCUAGACCCGGUGGGUGCCGACGGAACGGCCGCUGAACCUCAUCUACAUCAUACCCACUGCAUCAAGGAUCUAUCGAACGAUGUGUCAAAUAAUAAUGUUACAAACAAUAAUGCGAACGGUACGAGUAGUUACAAUAAUCAGCUGACCAAUACCGGGCCGGACCCCGAAACAGGAGCCAAUGGUGGCCGCAAAGAGAGCGCCGCCAGUCAAGAACGUAAAACGCGUCGAUUUUCAUUUGGCCGCACUCUGAAGAAACGCAUCGGCCCAAUGGAGCUCGUAUCAGCUGAGAAUUUAUCAGCGUCGGAUAAGCCCAACAGCAACCGUGUCGUCGAUCUGCGAGAAAAGCUCUACCGUGCGAUCGACGACGAGCACGGUAAGUUCGUGAUGUAUCCGACCACGAACGUUUCGUCCGAGGGCAACCGUCAUCUGCACCCGCUUGAAUCGGAAACCCGGCGACUGAUGAAGGCGCUCGGUGUCACUGGAGACAUGAUAGCACGUGCGGUUACGAAUGGCCCGCGCAGCGACAUUAUCGGCAUGUAUCGGAUUAUAAUGCAACGAUUGCAGCGGGAACAAACCAUUACCCGAUUAUCGACGAUAAACGGCGGGGCGUACGAGUUUCUUGAGUUGAAAACAAUAAACGGAACAUCAUCCUCCGGAUGUAGUUCCGGUCGAAGUGGAGCGAAUAGUGGCGCUGGGCGCAGCACUGCCAACAGCCGACAACAUAUCGAUCAUAACCGCGGAAAAAUUUGUGCCAUUCUUUAACACCUUUAGCGAAAGAGACAUUCUGCGCAUGCUCAUUGCUGUUAACCAAUCAUGUGAUAAACCUGAUGGGAUUACGUGGAUUCAGUUCAACUGCUACUAGUUACAAACUAGCCUUGUAACGUACCAUUUCCAGAGAACCGUUGACAGACAAUGAACGGAUACCGAAGUACCGCUAGUACCGCACUAGUACACAACAAAACUUUAGAGUUAAAUGUAAAAUUUUUAGGCAAAAAUACUGUUGCGAACUGUUGGUUUUAAUGUGGUAUGGUUGCUUUAUCGAUCACUGGUGUUUGGGCAGCUUUUCCUAGUACAAGAGAACAGUAUAGAAAUUUUACAAACCCACAUCAUACAAAUACAAAUUAUCAAUUGAUGUUAGAAUCGGCUCGUUGGAGAAUCCUUAGUCUAACGUGUAGACUGCGCUCUUGUGUAGCUUUAAUCUAUUUAAUUUUUCACAAACAAUCAAAUUCAAUGAGAUUUUUAUGUAAUCAAAUAAGACCCAAAUCGAGUCAUAAUAAGUAUUUAGUUACACCAAUGUGGGAUGGUUUUACUUCUGUUGAAAAAUGUUCGAAUCAUACUUAUUAUAAUGUGCAACAACAGUAUAAAAAUCAAAUUCAAUAUAAAUAUACACCUUUACGUAAUCAAAAAUGCGUUAA